AACCUUGAAGUCUUCGGCGCGAUCCAUGACUAGAGAGCAAGAAAUCAAUAGAACUUUCCUUUCAAAGAAUUUUCUUGGUGUCUCCUGCAAAUGGUUUGAUCUCUCUUUAUAUAAAUGCUUGUUCCGAGUAGAAUAAGAUAAUAUACGCAACUGGAACCUGCUGCAAUCAUAAGUAAUAUGACCGGUUCCUCAGCAUUGAUGGCCAUUGGCCAUAUUUUCUUCUGCUAUAUCCUGUUUUUCUCUUUUCAUGCGAACAAGCCAUUUGUUUAUGGUACCGGAGUGGUGGAGAAACAGAAGUCGCCUGCCCUUCCAGGUCCUGCACGAGGUUUGAAGGUAUUCCAUCGAUUUGGGCCCUCCUCACCAUCUGGCCGUAAGAAAUCAUCCGCCACUUCCAGCGGGCUUCCUGUCCAAGACGAACGCAGGGUUAAGGAUGUCUAUUCUGGAAUAUAUAAUCGGGGGACAAAUCUUAGGAAACGGGCGCAUGACCCCCCUUUUGGCCACUCUGUAGGUGCUGGCAAUUAUAUCAUCGAAGUUCGUCUCGGCACGCCCGCAAGGACUUUUAACUUGAUUUUAGACACGGGGAGUUACGCAACCUGGGUACGCUGCCAACCUUGUUUGCAGGGUCGCUGUCCUGAACAACAGGAAAAGAUCUAUUAUCCUUCUUCUUCCUCAACUUACUUGAAGGCGCCGUGUUGGCCAUCGUGUAAUUAUAGCCAGUCAUACUAUGACAAAUCUUACUCCUCUGGAUUUUUUGUGCUUGAUACGCUUGCCAUAGGGCCCUUUCAUGUUCCUAACUUUGCUUUUCUUUGCGCUCAAAAUUAUAGUGAAAGCUUUGGUGAAGCAUCUGGGAUACUAGCCUUAGGACAGGGCAGCACUAGCACUUCUGAACCAUUCGGUGUUUACUCUUUGGUGUCCCAAACUGCAACCACUUUUGACAAGGUUUUCUGUCAUUGUCUUCCCACGGCUGAAAACUCAGCAGGGUAUGUGUAUUUUGGCAAGGAAGCUCUUGAAAAUUGCCAGAAUUCUGGUACUUACACACCGCUUCUAACUAACCCAGGGAACCCAAGCCUUUACUAUGUAAAUCUUAUUGCCAUAACAAUAGGCAAACAAAGAUUGGAAAUGCCUUCUGUAUCAUCACCCAGGACCAUAAUAGAUUCAGGAACUGUCAUUUCUCGUCUACCUUCGUCAGUCUAUUCAAAGCUUAGCUCGGAAUUUAAAGAAUUGAUGUCGAACUAUCCUGUUGCUUCUUCUGAUGGAAUACUGGAUACAUGCUAUGACCUGCAGGGGCAUUACAAUUAUACAAUACCAAAAAUGGUGCUACAUUUUGAAAAUUUAGAUGUAAAUUUGGACCAAAUAGCAGUUACUUGGAGAAGAGAAAACUCGUCUCGAGUUUGCUUGGCGUUCGCUGGAGCAGAUGACCUCACAAUCAUCGGUAGUGAGCAACUGCAGAAGCUCAACGUACUCUAUAACAUUCAAGACAGGAAGGUAGGAAUUGAGCCUGGUAAUUGCUAAUGACAUCCAACAUUUUCAUACAGGAGUCUGAGCUGAUGAAAUGACAAUAAGAGAGGCAACUGCGCGCUCCUUUAUUUCUUUUAGUUGUUGGGUUUUAAAUGUAUAAAUCCAGUUCCAUCAUGUCAUGAAUGUAAUGCCCCUAAAUUAGCAAGCAAUUGCUUAGGUGGAAUCAAUCUUUUUCCUCUUAAUAUCUUGAAUCAAUACAAGUUUCUACUUAACAUCUA